AUGGGAGUGUCUAGGGGAGGAGCCUAUCUCCCUAUCGAGCUUUACCUGCUUUUCGCUGAAUAUCUUACGCCUGUUGACCUGCUGUCUCUCUUAUGUGCGGCUCCUGGGCUCGCACGGGUCCUAACUUUUCAGCAUACCACGCUUCAGGACGAAGGAGGGAGGACGAUCCUACAUCUACUCGCGAAGGAGGGGGAGGGCGAAUUGAUGAAGCUACUGCUCGCAAACGACGGUAUCAGGCCAGACCCGAAGGAUAAUUGUGGUCGGACACCGUUAUCCUAUGCGGCUGAAGGAUAUGAAGCAGUCGUCAGGCUACUGCUGGACAGACAAGAUGUCGAGGCGGACUCGAAGGAUAACGAUGGGUUGACUCCGAUAUUGCUGGACCGACAAGAUGUCGAGGCGGACUCGAAGAAUAACGAUGGGUUGACUCCGAUAUCCUGGGCGGCUGGAGGUGGACAUGAAGCGGUGGUCAGGCUACUUCUAGACCGACAAGAUGUUGAGGCGGACUCAAAGGAUAACUUGGGUCGGACACCGUUGUUAUAUGCGGCCUGGCGCGGACAUGAAGCAGUGGUCAGGCUACUGCUGGACCGACAAGAUGUCGAGGCGGACUCGAAGGCUAACUGGGGUCAGACACCGUUGUCCUUUGCGGCUGGAGGCGGACAUGAAGCGGUGGUCAGGCUGCUGCUGGACCGACAAGAUGUCGAGGCGGACUCGAAGGAUAACUUGGGUCGGACUCCGUUAUUAUAUGCAGCCUGGCGUGGGCAUAAAGCGGUGGUCAGGCUACUGCUGGACCGACAAGAUGUCAAGGCGGACUCGGAGGCUAACUGGGGUCGGACACCGUUAUCCUGUGCGGCUGAAGGUGGACACGAAGCGGUGGUCAGGCUACUGCUGGGCCGACAAGAUGUUGAGGCGGAUUCGAAGGAUAACUGUUGA